AUGUCAUCUUACCAAGGAGGUGUGGUGCGGAGCAUUCGGCCUUUUAAGUCCAGUGAGCAGUACCUGUAUGCCAUGAAAGAGGACUUAGCUGAGUGGCUCAAGGAUCUUUACAACCUGGAAAUAUAUGUAGAUAACUUCUUUGAAGCCCUGGAAAAUGGCUCUGUCAUUUGUUACCAUGCCAAUAAUGUAACAGAUGUUGCUCGUGACUUUGCUGUGGAAUACCCUGACUUGGCAAAGAAACUUCGGCUUCCAAAAACAGGAGUAACAUUCAAUGCAAUGGCUCAACCUGGGACCUUCCUGGCAAGAGAUAAUGUAUCCAACUUCAUCCAAUGGUGCAGGAAGGAAAUGGACAUAAAAGAAGUUCUGAUGUUUGAGACAGAGGAUCUAGUUCUAAGGAAAAAUGAAAAAAACUUUAUCCUUUGCCUGCUGGAACUGGCCCGACGAGCAUCGCGCUUCGGUAUGAGUGCUCCCAUGCUUAUUCAAAUGGAGGAGCAGAUAGAAGAAGAGAUUCGAGAAGAACUAGAACUUCCUCCAGUUGAAAUCCCACUACCUAAACCCCAACCUCAAAAAAAACUCUGUGACUUUAAGAAUCUGGAUCAAAUGGUGCAGCAUUUGGUGAGCAGGUGCACGUGUCCUGAGCAAUUUUCUAUGAUCAAAGUCUCAGAAGGAAAAUACAAAGUAGGGGAAUCAAACACUCUCAUUUUUGUCAGGAUUCUUCGUAACCAUGUGAUGGUCAGAGUAGGAGGGGGCUGGGACACGCUGGAACAUUAUUUGGACAAGCAUGACCCCUGCCGCUGUACUUCUCUCUCUCAUAAACAAUCUUCGGUAUCAGCCAGCAAUCGGAAGCCAGCACACCCAGUUCAUGAGAUAACAGCAAGGCCUGACAAUUCCACUAAAACACAAACCACACUAAUAGUAAGCCGUUCCCAGAGUCCGCUGCCUCCAGUAGACUGGAAGACUUACACAUCUGGAGGUGGCAGAACCCAUGCAUCCACUACCACUCCUGAAAGUGUUGAUAAGACAUCUGGGUUUAGAACGCCUAAUGUACACAGUGACCUCAAGAAGAGUUUUGCAUUCAGAGGACAUGAACGACCUGCAACCCCAUCAAGGAGACAACUGUUCACUGAAGAUGGUCAUUCUGGUCAACAGUUUUUGUGUCCACAGUCUUCCCAUGAUGGUCUUCGCCUGUCUACAUCGUCCACUGGGUCCCAACUAACUGGAAGUGAAGAUGAAAACUCUCAUUCUUCAGAUGUCUUCUAUGAGAACCACAGAGGAAGACAUAAAAUUAAGAAUCCUGGUUAUAAAGAAAAGACAAUGGACACCUAUCACAGCCAAACAUAUAAUACAAAUGUUAGAGCACAAUCAGCAACAGAAAAGGACAGUAUUCAGCAAGAAUCAAGACCGGUCAAUAAUGAUGUUACUACAAGAUCUUCCUCUCCCACUAAACAAAUCACCACACGAUCCUCUUCUCCUUCAAAACAAAUUAAUACCCGACCUUCUUCUCCCUCUAAGCAAUUUAAUACUCAGUCUUCUUCACCACCUAAACAACUUAAUACGCGUUCAAUGUCUCCAACCAAGCAGCUUAGUCAGCCAAUCAAGCAAGAACUGCCAUCUACACCAAGCAGAUAUUAUCAAGGUGAAUCUGCAAACAGAGAUAGAAGUAAAUCUGUGGGAAGCGAUUUUAACAUGUCUCAUAAUACACUAACAUCAACGAGAAGUGUGCCUACUCAAUAUGAGCAAAGCAAAGCUAUACUGACUGGUAGGUCUACUCCAACAGUGCAUGUUAACAAAAAUGGCUUAACACAGGACAAGGUCUCCAGCUAUAGUAUGAAAAUGCAGAUCAGGCAGACCAGUGCUUUGGAAGCUUCAAUUAUGUCAGAUAAUAUGGAACGAGGUUACAGGUACACACCAAAACCCAUUGGCCCAGAUCAAGAGCAAGAACUGUAUCAGAGCUUGGAAGAUGAAAUCCAGUCGAACAUCAAGGCUUUAGAGGAAGAUUCAGAUGAGAACAGCAACCAAGAAAACAAUUUUAACAUGAAAAGAACUUCAGUAUCGUCUGUCUCAGUGAUGAAAAAUAGAUUAAAGACACCUGAUGGGGAAGUAGAAAUACCCAGAAGUGGAGUGUAUAUAAAUACCAAAUGGCAGUCUGGACGAGGAAGUUAUGAUGAUGUUAUCACAGAACUUUCUCAAGGUCAGUUGAAACUCAAUAGGGUUGAUGUGGAAAACUGGAUAUCUAAAAUACCUCCAAAAGCUGGUGUGGCUGUGGAAUUAGAUUUACCUGUCCAGCAUUCAGUAGGUCAAGAGAAAAGUAAGCCAGCAUUAUCGGUACAGAAAAUAGAUAAAACUAAUGUGAUCCCUGCAGAGAACAAAGAAAAGAAAGUCAAGCAAUUGCCAUCUCAGAGAGCAAGACAACUGGCAAUGGAAGCCAAGAAGAAAAGUUUAGAGGCUGCAACUGAUAACCUGAAUCCAUCAGCCAAAUGUCGUAAAGAAGAAGCAACCCCAGAAGUAUCAAAGUUGCCUCAAUCAUCCAAGCCAAAACGAUCACUGAAAAAGCCAGAAAGAGUGCCAUCAAUAUACAAACUCAAGCUACGCCCCAAAAUCCGUCCCCGACGAGAUAACAGGCCAGAAAAGAAGCCAUCCAAAAUCCCAACACCUGUUUCUUAUCUACAAACAAAAAACAAAUCUAAAAAGCCAGGAAACAGCACUGCAAUUCCGUCUAGUGCUAGGAGUCGAAGUGAAUCACAUAGCGCAGCUGUUAGUACAGGAGAUCUGGAUACAGAUGAAACAGUCUCAGAAUUUUCUUUGUCCCUAGAAGCUUCUGGUUCUCAGCUAAAUCAAUUAUGGGAUGAAAAUAAUGGAAGCAAAAGUGAAGAAGAGACGUGGAUUUAG